GAAGGAGCAGGCAGCCAUGGUGGAGCGCAGAAACGGUCUGAUGGUGGCUGAAAUCGAGGAGCUGAGAGUUGCUCUGGAGCAGACAGAGAGAGGCCGCAAAGUGGCUGAGACUGAGCUGGUAGACGCCAGCGAGCGUGUUGGACUGCUGCACUCCCAGAACACCAGCCUUCUGAACACCAAGAAGAAGCUGGAGACUGACCUGGUGCAGGUGCAGGGAGAGGUGGACGACAUCGUCCAGGAGGCCAGGAAUGCAGAGGAGAAGGCCAAGAAGGCCAUCACUGACGCGGCCAUGAUGUCUGAGGAGCUGAAGAAGGAGCAGGACACCAGUUCUCACCUGGAGAGGAUGAAGAAGAAUCUGGAGAUCACAGUCAAGGACCUGCAGCACCGCCUGGAUGAGGCUGAGAAUCUGGCCAUGAAGGGAGGCAAGAAGCAGCUCCAGAAACUGGAGUCCAGGGUGCGUGAGCUCGAGACUGAGGUGGAGGUCGAGCAGAGAAGAGGUGUAGACGCAGUCAAGGGAGUCCGCAAGUAUGAGCGCAGAGUCAAGGAGCUCACUUACCAGACUGAGGAGGAUAAGAAGAACGUUAGCAGACUUCAGGACCUGGUAGAUAAGCUGCAGAUGAAAGUGAAGGCCUACAAGAGGCAGGCUGAGGAAGCG